AUGGGCAGAGACAAACUGGAAACCUUCGUCAAGGUUGUCAAGCCGGUUUCUAAGUCUUGGCAAACGUCAAGUUCAAACCAGAAUUUUUCCAUCUUGGAUUUUGAACGCUCCAUCAUCCUGCAUGUUCCAGGAAUUAAACCUAAACAGGUGGCACUGUGUGCAGAAUAUGUAGCAGUGCAGGCAGAGCUGGAGGUGCUGGUGCUGAAACUAGAGUCCUCCUUCGAACCCAAAGAGGCAGAAGAAUGUUUAGACACACAAAAAUAUGAUGAUAUUGAAGACCAAUCUGACUUUCUUUUCCUCCCGAGAAACCAAGAGUUACUUGGUGAUCAAGUGAAAAACUGCGACAUCUCUGUCAGCAUUGAAAAGACUGGACUGGAGGACAGAGGUCAAUACACACUGUCCUAUGUUCUCUUCAGGCGCUUUAGUCCAGAUUUCUCCCAGGGCUGCAGUGUGGAGGACACUCAGCUCCACUCGUUACAGCUCCACCCGCUGUUCAUCAGUAAUCAGUCUCUUGAAGAACCAGCUUGUGUCUUCUGCUUCUUCUCCCUCCCCAACGCUGGCUUCCUCUACAGUCUGAAAGGAGGAGUCGAGCUGCUUUCUGCAUAUCAGUACCUGGAGAAGGUCCUGGAGGCAGUGUUAACAAACCACUUGCUGCAUGUUAUAACCAAGAGUGCAGUGCAGUGUUUUACCGCCGGCUGUGCAGCUGUAGCAGCUCGGAUUGAAGACCCCUACAUUGAUACCACCAUGAAGAACCGGCUGACGAACUCAGAAACACAUCCUAAACCUUCACACACACCUCCAGCCAGGAGAUCACUGAAGAGCGCUGAGGAUUUUAUCAACUCCUGCUCCCAUUAUGGUGCUUUAUACCCCUGGCUCACUGUUCUCUGUCCAGUUCACAUGUCCAGUGCCCAACACCAGGAAGCGCUACACAAACUGCAAUCUCUGCUGUGUGGUCCGUCUCUGUCUGUGGGUUCUGUGGUUCCGCUGUUGGAGCGUCUGUCAGAUGAAACCUUAUGGGGCUUCAGUCUGCACCUGCUCUGUGCCACCAGAAGGGAGCAGUACGGUAGCAGCAUCGAAAAGCUGUUGGACCGAUGCCCUCAGGCCAUCAUCGCCUACGCCAAUCACCAGCUACAAGACAAAAACAUGGUCUGUACUGACGAGAGGACAGCUUUGUGGUGGCAGAAGCUUCUCCCAGAACUUUGUAAUCGGACGAGAUGGACAACAGCAUCCUGUUGGCUGCACUCAAAGAAACUCUGGUAGUGGUUGCCAUGGAGAUGAGACCCGCAGAGUUUCUGGAACUGAUCCCUGACGAUGGCACGGCUGCAUACUUCGUGCCUCACCUGUUGGCAUGUAGUCAGAGACACUUGAUGACCUGAUACAGUCCAUACACAGAGAAGGACCCACCUGUACCAAGACAGUGAACCACAACAUGCUGUAUUUCCAGCUUUUAUGUUACAUUACUGUUUUUCAUUUUUCUGCUGUGGUUUGUGCUGCUGUUUGAAAUAUUUAAUACAUUUUUUCUUAUCAUAGAGAGUGUUAAAUACAGCCUGUUUAGCUACUAACUGAAUUUAUUUUGUAUUUAUUUCUCUACAACAAUAAGAGAACCCUUUUUUAUUGCCUAAAGCAACAUAAUAUGUUUGGUGGUUUUUUGUACUUUUUCCAUUUCCAGAGUUGUAUUCCAUAGAGUUUUUAUUUAUUUUAUGUAGAAGACUAUGAGGAAUAAAACAGUUACAAGUUUUAUUCAACUUACUGUUUAAAACAAACCUGAAGUUGUAUGUGGUGACUGUCAGUUUCAUCAGGAAGUGAAUUUUUUAUCAGAUGCAAAUCAGCUUUUAUGAUGCCUGAGAUUUUUAUCCAAGAUUUUUUUUUUUUUUAAACAGGAAACAGAUAUGGUCCUCCUUAUAAACCUAUCAUUUAAUUCUCACGGAAAACUUCCUUCUUCCUUCAAGCUACACUAUAAGAAACUCCUCCUUGUAAGAAAAAUGCUGAAACUGUGACAUGUGUUCUUAUUGUUGUUAUUGACAGAGUGUUUUUACUGUUUAAGUUACGGAAAAAGCUGCUGAUAGUUGAUUAUCUUUUCCAACCAGCAGAAAGAUCUUGUGUCAUCGUUGCCUGAUAUAUUGAAUGAUGAAUGUGUUAAGUCACCAAAGUUUAAUCAGGGAAAUUAAAUGAAACCUUUACCAAGCAUACCACAUCAGUCAAGUGUGGUGUCUGUCAUCUGAUUUCCUGCUUAACCCGAUCAGCCUGUGUAAUCUGUCAGAUAUGAAAUGCACCAGGUAAAGUCAAGAAGACGGGUCAUUUAGCUCUGUCGUUUUCAUUUUUAGGCUAUGAGUAUAGCUACAUUAUUAAUGACCUAUUAAAUCACUGUAGAUUGUAUUGCAUGUAACCAAGGCUGAAUAUAAAAGAACUUCCUUGUGUUGUUGUAAAGCGUAAAAUAUUAGAUGUUAACAGCAGAGAAAACUGAAUAAUUUUUUUUUUUCCAGGGAACCCACAAUUUAUGCAUGUUCACAUAUGAAAUGGAAGAUGUUUUGUUGAAUUUUUAAUUGCACAAUAUAAGAAUGCAUAAAAACAUCAAAACAUAAAUGCAUCAAAGCUUUUUUUUUUUUUUUUUUUUUACAAAUUCCUGCUGUUACUCAGGCGUGUCAGCCAUUGAGAUAUUAUCUACUCAAGUACAAAAAGAUAGGUGUGUUGACAUGAAAUUGAAGAAGUGGCGUCUACUGAUUAACUGCUAUUAAAUCUUUCUGAAUUACA